CUCAAAACCAAACUUGAGUUUUACAAGGUAUCAACGGGCCUAACCUGCCCAUAGACGCCCGUUUUACUCCUUACUCAUAAACGGCAAGUGAAGCUAGAAAUUAUUAUUUUCAAAAAUGUCUGUUGGAUAGGUUGCAGAAACGACACCGCUUGUGCAAAAGUAGCUAAUUUGCAAGGUGGCAUGCAAAACGUUGCGUUUGGUGUAAUGGAAUAUCAGAAGAGAGGCUAGGGCCUAGAGACUAGAGUCCGAGAGUAAUCAUGACCGGGUAAAUUUUGAAAAGACAGUCCAAGAAAAAAUUAAACCUUACCACGCAAUGACGUUAAAAUCCAUUUAGGCGGGAAAAUCCCAAAAUUUUACCCUCCCUUGCUCUUUCAAUAACGUCAAGCCUGUCCCUCUAACGAGCCAUUGCUUCUGUGAAUCUUUAAUCUUCGUUUUCUCUCUCUAGGAAUGGUCGUUGAUCGCCGAAAACCGACUACGUUACCGAGAAAAGUCGUUGGCGAAGCAAUGCUAUCGGUGGAAGGCAAGGAAACCCGAAAUGACCCAGUCCUGAUUUUGGACAAUUCGUCUUGCCAGUCGGAGGUCAAGAAGCUACGUGGCAGAUGGGAACUCGCCUCGGUUCUCAACUUCCUUAAUGUUUUUGAGCCUGUGAUCGGGAAUGAUUUGAAGUUAACAGUGGAAGAGAUCGAGUUAGGGCUUGUUAAACCUAAUGCCUCAAUUGCUGCUCUUCAUAUCAAACUUUUGAAGGGGACACCACCUGUGAGUAAAUUGUUGAAUCGUUCAGAUGCAUGGGUGACUGCACUUUGCAAGAAACUUGCAAUGUGGUGGCCAUGGGUUGCUGAAGGAGAGAUUCCACUCACUGCUUGCAAUGGAGGGGAGAUAUCCAGAUACAAAGAACUUGACCCAAUAAGUCGCUUGCUGCUCCUAAAAGCACUCUGUGAAAUUCGGGCAGAUCAACUUGAUGCAGUGUCAUAUAUUAAUGAUACUCUGAAAAGUAGUAAGGAAAUUUCUUGCUUCCGAAAAAAGAAGUUAGGGGGGAAUGGAAAUGUUUCAUACUGGUAUGAUGGAAAUACAGUUUUUGGUUAUAGAUUAUACAGGGAAGUAAACAGGACUGAGCCUCAAACAAAAGCAAAGGGGAAAGCAUGUUUAACAUUACCAACUGUCAGUUAUCACUGGGAAACACUUGCAGUGGAUUUCGAGGGAUUCUGUGAAGUUGUGGAUAAACUCUUGGCUAGCAAGAUUGCAGCAGAAGUUGCUAUUGGCAAGACUAUUAAUAAUGAUAUCAUUCCUGUUGUGGAGAAAUUUAAAAAGAAUGACAGGGCACUGAAACAGAAGAAAAGGCAAGAGAUGCUCCUGAAUGGCUUGAGAAGGUCCUAUGAUACUGGGAUUACCCGUUCAUGUCGCAAUCGUAGGCCAAUCAGUUACACAUUUGAUGAAUAUGACCGUGCUAUUGACGAGGCUAUAGAACUAACAAAGAGAAGGAAGACCGAUGAGGAUCAAAGGCAUGGACAGAAGCUUGCAAGACAAACGUUUGCCUCCAAUGAAGGGUCAGAUGUGGAGGGCUCAGUCUCUAAAGGCAGUUCAUACGGGAAAGAUAACUCUACGGGUAGUGACACUGAAGAUGACAAGCUUCAAGAAGCUGGUAGUGAUGGUAAUGAGGAUGAUGAUGACUAUAGUAACAGAAAGGAUGCUGAUGACUACAACGGUAGCAAUUCAGGCAAUUCUGCAGAUGAAGAGGAAAUUUUGGUUGAUGAAAACCCUGAGAAAGAAAUGUCGAUGGGAUCACGCAGGAGUAAGAGAUUGGCUGGAUAUGCGAUCCGUCCUGCUAUGGGAACUGGAAACAUGGGCACAAAGAAUAGGUUGAGGCAAAGGCCAGUCAUUAACUCUGCCCUUGACACUGUUGUGCCUGAUUCAGAGGAUGAUAUCUUGUUAGAUCAUACAAACAGCGGGGGAUCAGGAACUGAAAACUUGCCAAGAGAUGCUGUUCUAGUUGAGGUCAGUGACAGCUAAAAGUUUCAUAAUUAACCAACUAUUUAAGUCAGGGGACAACGGAUAUAAUCAAAGUGGUUCUCCUUCAAACACUUUUUGUAGCAGCAAGGAUGUUCUUUUUUAUCUUUGGGAAGUGGCAAGCGUUGUCCAUAUUGGUUUUGGGAUGUAAUUUAUGAGAACGAUGGUUCUUGAAUUUAGUUCAACCCCAUUUCACUUGCCAAGCAUCCUUUUGAAACUUUUCGCAUUUGUAAGAAAAAUUGCUCAAAUGAAAAUUUCCCAGAAACGUGGUUGACUGGUAUGAAACGGAUAGUCUAUCCUAUUCUAUUCUACUAGCUCUAUGUAGUUUGGCACUUAGGCUAUCCAAUCGCAUACUUUAUCUUCUAAGCCUCUCUUCUGUCGAAAUCAAUCCUAUACUAUUCGUCUAGCUUCGUCUGGGGUUUUGCCCAUUUAAUUGACUUUAUUUUUU